CUAUCAAUCUAUCAGUGCGGUGAACCGGAUGUAGAUAGUAGUUUCCGGCGUAGACACCGUGCACGUGUGUGUUUUUCGGGUGACUUAUCGGUGAGGUCCAAAGCCGUCAUGACGUCGCUGGCUCUCCAGUUGAAGAGGCUCGCGCUUCCUCAAAGCGAUCCGAACCUGCUGACCCGUAAAGAGGUUGCCUCGCUGCUCUUUGAUCCCAAAGAUGCUGCCACCAUGGACAGGAGCACCUUCUACGCCCUGGGCUGCACGGGGCUGGAGGAGCUGCUGGGAAUCGAGCCGGCUUUCCUGGAGUUCCAGGACACUCUGUUCAGUGCCGCAUCUCUGACUCUGGAGCGAAGCGUCCAGUCUAAAGAGGUCAAUGAGAAGCUGGACACUGGAAUCUCGCUCUUCCUCACCCGGCUCUGUCCGUAUUUCCUGCUAAAGCCAGCUCACAAGUGCAUCGAGUGGCUGGUUCACCGCUUCCAUGUCCAGCUGUAUAACCCAGACAGCCUGCUGGCCUGCGCGCUGCCAUAUCACGACACCAACCUGUUCGUCCGAGUCCUGCAGCUGCUGAAGCUCAAAAAAGCCACCAACCGCUGGAACUGGCUGCAGUGUUUACAGAAACCAGGCGUGCCACUCUCUAGAGGGACUCUGAUCACACACUGCUACUCAGACCUGAGCUUUAUGGACUUCAUCUGCACCAUGGUGACAAGGUCCAUCCAGGCUUACUCUGGACACUCUGAAAGCUUCUCUCAGCUCAGAGUGAUCUUCUCUUUCUAUGCCUCCACAAUUGUCCCUGCUCUGGACGCUGUGGACAAAGUUUCUGACUCCAUCAUCGCCAAACUGCUGCCAUAUGUCCAGACGGGUCUCAAGUCCUCCCUGUCGGACUACAAAGCCGCCACCUACAUGAUCGUGUGCCAGCUGGCGGUGAAGGUGGUGAUGGAGGCCAGUCUGGUCAACAGCCUCGCCGUGCACAUCAGCAGGUCUCUGCUCAAAGAGCCCGUUCUGGCCAAAGAAGGUCUGGGCAGCCUCAUCGUGCUGCUGCAGAACCAGAAGGAUGGAUCGGCCGGUCCCAGAGCUUUCAGCAUUCUAUGCUCGAUGCCAGCGCUGGUUUCAACGCUGCAGGUCAUGGCGGCGAGUCAUGAUGUCAGUCCUUUGCUGCGGUACCUGCUGCCUCACCUGGUCCGCAGUGUGUUCUACAGCAGCUCAGAUGAGAAUGGGACAGUCAGACUCAACGUGCUGGAGUCCAUCCUGAAAUCUGUCCCCUUGACUAAAGACCUGGACCAGACCGUGGCCCGGCAGCUCCUGGAAGAGUAUCUGAAUCAAACUGCGCGCACUGCAGAGGACAUGUCAGCCCUCGACCAGCACCUGCUGCCUCUGGUGCGACUGUUCGAGUCCAAGUACUGCCAAGCUCUGGAUGCCGUCCUCUCUGGUCAUGUGACGGACAACAGUGACUCGCAGAAGAAGCGUCUCUUCCACCAGUUCCUGUCUUUGUCUAUAAGCAGUGGGAAAUUCCAGAUUUUAGACGACUCGGACACGUCGCUGCUGCUCAGCCUGAAACACCCGCAGCCUUCGGUCCGAGUGGCGGCUGUGGAUCAUUUGAUGAGCAUCAUCACCUCUGAACAGCAGCGGAGUUUGAGUGAAACGUUCCUGAAAGACGCCAUCGCAGAGCGCCUGAACGACGACGUUCAAGAAGUCGUCUCUGCCACUCUCAGGCUCCUGCAGACGCUGCUGGACGUUCUGGACCCAGAGGAUGUGGUGUCGUGGCUGCUGGCCCUGCUGCACAGAGCUCAUCUGUCCACUCAGAAGUGGAUGCCCGUACUGAUGGAGGCGGUGCGUUUACUGUCCGAUCCCCGGCUGGGAAAGGGAGAUGCUGAGUUCGUGCAGAAAACAGGCUGGAAGCUGCUGCCCUUCCUGGUGAUCACCUCGGCUGAGCUUGGAAUCGCUGGCUCCAUAGCCCGGUCCUCCAUCUUUAGCCAGCACCCCCUCACUCUGAGAUGGGCUCAAGAGCUGCAGGAUGUGAUGAAGAGGAGCGCUGAACCUGAAUUCAUAGGUUUGGCCAACCAGCGUCUGGUCUCCACGCUGACCAAGAACCUGACUAACAUGGAGCACUUCUCCAAACGUGACGCUGUGGAGAAACUGGUCCUGCUGGUGGAACAGCAGCAGAGCUUUGGUCUCAGAGGGAGGGCAUCCUUCCUGGUUCUGACCCAGACCCUGCUGCUCAGCCUGGGGGCGCUGAGCGAGACGCAGCAGCUGCUCACUGCUCAGAGUGUCUACAUGCUGCUGGAGCGCCCCCUGCUGGACGCAAUCCGGAGAGACGACGCCAUGGAAAUUGAGUGUCCCAUCUCCGUGACGGCCUCCUUCUCUGAAGCCCUGGUGCUCUACCUGAGCAGAUGUGAGCAGCAGCCAGGGGAGCGUCUGGACCGGGAGUUCUGUUCGGUUCUGAUCGCUCUGCUCAGAGAAUUUAUCUCCUCACUCAAGUGUCAUGACACUUUGUUUAAAGACGAGGUGUGGUGGAACCCAGAGAAGAUGGACACCAACACCUGCUGCUACCUGGGCCUGAUCUGCCGCCUCUUCAGCAUCAUCAUCAUCGGCGGCGCUGCAGAGGGUCCGAUGGCCAGCAGCUGCAGGGAGCUGAUGAAAGAGCUCAUCCAGGUCCAUCUUGAGGAGCCCACGAUGCUCUUUAGGUUCUUGUGCCUCCUCUGGGGAUACAGUGGUAACCAAGGAGACCAGCUGGAUGUGAAGGUAGGCGCCGUUCUGCAGACCAGAGCGCUAUACAUGGGCCGAGCUCUGAUGGAGGUGCAACCUGCAUCCACGCUGGACAAGCUGGCAGCUACAGACUCACCAGUUAUCCCAUCCUUGCUGUGCUGUCUCAGUUCUCCGGUUCGGGAGGUCCGAAGGGCUGCCCUCUGCUCCCUGCAGAGCCUGUCAGAAGCCAGGAGCUCCCCCUUCCAGCCAAUCAUAGAGAGGCUGCAGAAGACCUCAGAUGAGAUCAUCACUGACCCUUCAUAUCUGAGCACGAUUCUCGGAGUUCUUCACGACGAGUCUUCAUCCAGCAAACUGAAGACGCAACAGAAGAAGCUACAGAUGCCUCUGCAGCAUCUGAUGCAGAGCAUUCAGGACCCCCGCUGCCCGUCGUAUACCGCCGCCGCCCUGCUGGGGGCCCUAAGCCUUGUCAACGGAAAGUCCAUCCUCGCCACUCUGCUUCCCGUUCUGGAACGGCUCCUCGAGCAGACUGGACCCGAUACUCCAUCCCUGCUGUGCUCUGAAACCCAGCUGCAGCAGCUUGUAAUGGGGAAGUUUAAUGAAGCGUCUGCGCCCCUACUGGCCGAGGACCAGAAUUGCAUGGAUCUGUUCAUUAGAGCUCUGAGGCUACCCAGCUGUCAGAUCUUCGCUCUGGAACAGAUCAACAAGCCGUUGUUUUCGGCCCUCGGAGACGAGAAGGUGCAGCAGAAGCUCCUGUCGGUGCUGUUCGACCUGCUGGUGGAGGGUCAUAGUCCGCUGGUGGCCAACACGGUCAGCAGUGUCUUCAAAGCGAUCGCCGUUGACGCUCAGCUGGUCGCCAACGAGCUCGCUCCUCCUGACAAACCAAAGGUCAGCGUCACGGUUCAACAAACCCGCAGGAGCAGAAUGACCCUAAGGAAACCUCAGGAGAGUGACAGUGCGUGUCCACAGGGGGGUGCUGUGUUGUGGCAGAGAGUCACCCUGAUCCUGGAGCUGCUGCAGCACAAGAAGAAGCUGAAGAGAGCCCAGGUGUUGGUGCCGGUUCUCUUCUCUCUGCUUUCCAGGAGUCUGGAGCCCUGUGCAGGUGAUCAGACAAACAUGGAGUACAUCAAGCAGCUGUUGCUUAGCUGUCUGCUAAACAUCUGCAACAAGCUGUCGCCUGAUGGAGGUCCGCUGGCUGCAGAAGUCCUGGACGAAGAGAAGUUCAACGUGGAGCUUGUGGUUCAGGUCAUCAGGUCCUCUGACAUGCCCCAGACUCACCACCAUGCUCUGCUGCUGCUGGCUGCCACUGCCGCCAUUUUCCCUGAGAAAGUCCUCCACAACAUCAUGCCCAUCUUUACCUUUAUGGGAGCCAACAUCCUGCGGCUGGACGACGCCUACAGCUUCAGAGUCAUCGAGAAGACGAUGCAGACGGUUGUCCCAGCCUUAGUCCAGGCCCACCGCCUCUCUGACGGCUCCUCUGCCCCCAUCAUGGUUGCCGUGGUGACAAAGAUCAUGCACGUAUUUUCAGACGCACUGCCUCACGUGCCUGAGCACCGGCGGCUGCCCGUUCUCAGCCAGCUGGUGACCACGCUGGGCCCCGCCCACUUCCUGUGGAUCCUUAUGCUGCUGUUGCUAAAACUACACACCACACAGAUCAGUGAUGCCAGCGAGAAGGAUGCAGCUCUGGAGCGGGACAUGGAGUUCUGGAUCUCUCUGUGCUGUCAGUUCAACGUGAACCAGCAGCUCAGCUCCCUAAUCAACAUCCUGAACUUCCUGCUGCACCUGCCAGACGACAAAGAUGAAGCUGCAGAAAAGCGGCCAAUUGGCCGGCAAGCACCCAAGAAGGAGGAGGAACAGAAAGAAAAGAUGGAGGAACUGAUCUUCAGUGUAGAGGCUCACAGUAGCAAAGAGCUGCGACACUUUAAGUUCCUCUGCGUGUCCUUCAUGGCUCAGCUGCUCGGCUCCAGCAGCUUCAUCCAGAAGGUUUUAGAGGGAGGCGACAGCAGCGACGCUUCUCUGCAGCAGCUGCAGCAGAAGCUGCUGGAGGAGAUCCUGCGCUACAUCCACUCUGUGGCUCGCUGCGUGGAGGCGAAUGCUGACAAACCUACCGCCAAGUUCUGGAGAGUUCUGCUAAACAAGGCGUACGAAGUCCUCGACCGGGUGAACGCCCUGCUGCCCACAGACACCUUCAUCACAGUGAUGAAGGGACUAAUGGGAAAUGAGCUGCCAUCAGUGCGGAGAAAAGCCAUGGAGCUCCUUAAUAACAAGCUGCAUCAGCGCUCUCAGUGGGAUGAGCAGCAGGUGGUGGCACUCUUACAGCUGACCUCUGACCUGCUGAGCAUUGUUGGGAAGAGUCCUUGUAAGGUGUCCGAGGAGUCAGAGCAGGCCAUCAACCGGCAGACGGCGCUCUACAGCCUCAAGUUGCUCUGUCGUAGUUUUGGCUCCGCCCACCAAGAGGUGUUCGUCCCAGUCCUGCUGCUGGUGGUGGACAUCGUCACGGUGACAAAGGAGGAGAAGAACGUGAUGGGCAGUGCUCUGCUCUGUAUCGCCGAGGUGGUUGGUGCACUGAAGGCACUUGCCAUCCCUCAGUUACCCAGGCUGAUGCCAGCAGUCCUGCACGUGCUCAGUGACAGGAAGGAGCUGCUAACCAAUGAGAUCUACCUACUCAGCGCCGUCACAGCUCUGCAGCGUGUCACAGAAACACUUCCACACUUCAUUAGCCCGUAUUUGCAGGACACCACAUUUCAGGUGUGCCGCUUGACCCGCCUCACAGAUACCUCCUCCUCUUCAACCUCCUCAUCAUCACCAUCUGGCCAGCUCCACCUCCGUCUCUCAUCCUUGAGAAGCACGCUGUCCACCACGCUACCCCCAAGGGUCCUCCUGCCCACCUUAUCCAGGUGUUACAGCUGCAUGGUGGAGGAUAGGAAGGACCAGCUGGAGUCGCUGAUGAGCAUCCUGAAGGAACAUAUCGGUCACAUGGAUAGAGAGCAGCUCAACGCCCACCAAUCAGAGCUUACCACUUUCUUCCUGACUUCGCUGGAUUUCCGGGCCAAACACUCGCAGAGUGAUCUGGAGGAGGCGUGGCAGGUUGAGGGCGGAGUCAUUGACUGUCUGAUCGCCAUGGUGAUGAAGCUGUCGGAAGUCACGUUCAGGCCACUCUUCUUUAAGCUCUACGAUUGGACUAAAUCAGACAGCAAAGAUCGCCUGCUAACGUUUUACCGUCUCUGCGACUGCAUCGCCGGGCGGCUCAAAGGACUCUUCGUCCUGUUUGCAGGAAACCUGGUGAAACCUCUGGCGGACGUGCUUAGACAGAACAACACCUCCAAAACAGAUGAGCUCAUCUUUGACUCGGAGCGCUCAGAGGAGAAAAAUUGCCUGCUGCUUCAGUUGGUCCUCGACGUUCUCCAGAAGAUCUUCCUCUAUGACACUCAGAGGUUCCUGAGCCGAGAGCGGGCCGACGCCCUGCUGGGCCCGCUGGUGGACCAGCUGGAGAACUGUCUGGGUGGGCCACAGGUCUACCAGAACCGGGUCAUCCAGAACCUGGUUCCCUGUGUGGGACAGUUCUCUGUGGCGCUGGCCGACGACACUCAGUGGAAAACUCUCAAUUAUCAGAUCCUGCUGAAGACGAGACACAGCGACGCCAAGGUGCGGUUCUCCUCCCUCCUCAUGCUGAUGGAGCUGGCGUCCAAACUGAAAGAGAACUAUGUGGUUCUGCUACCUGAGACCAUCCCGUUCUUGGCAGAACUCAUGGAGGAUGACUGUGAGGAGGUGGAGCAGCAGGUCCAGAAAGUCAUCCAGGAGAUGGAGAACAUCCUGGGAGAGCCGCUGCAGAGCUACUUCUAAUAGUAUAAAAUACCACAUAGAACGGGUUCCAAAGAGAACACUGCUGGUCCAUUCUGAACUCCACUCACUGAUUUUCUUACAGUAAAAUGUUCAGUUUUCACAUGAAAUAAAUGUACAGAUUUUUUUUUUAAUGAAAACGUGUGUUUUUAUUUAAAUGAUCCCAUGGCAACUGAAACUUUAAACUGUAAUCCAGCAGCUGACCUGUAGGUGGCACUAUGGAGUUCCCGCUCAUUGGUGACACCUGCUCUUUUUUUUUUUUACUCUGGACAGUUUUCUAGUUUGGUGAAAAAAAUGUUUCAGAAAUAUUUAGUUUUUUCGCUGUUGCGCCUCCGGGCUGAAAAACCAUUUAAUCAGUUCCAGUUCUAACCCAUGUUCGCUGCAGCCAGAAGAUCUAGACAAACCAGUGGCUUUUUUUUUUUCCAUUUCUUUAAUAUAACCUUUUUAUUCAGUUUUGGCAUUCAGGUUUCCAUAGCAGUGGUCUACGAACUGAAUUUUGUCUCUUUAUGUUCUUUGGUGCAGACAAAUAAAGUUGAAUUAUUCUCAGAAUUUAGAUUCCACGUUUGGCGGUUUAAUAAAACACAAGUUUAACUCUUA